AAGCAUGUUCCGCUUAUUAAAUUUCUUGGUCCAAGGAACAAGCUGCCCAAAGUAGACAAUACACCAAAACCUCACCCUGCAGCACCUAAAGGCUCGGGCUUACCUUCGACUUCCCAAGAAGCAAUAGCAAGUAAUAGAUCAGUUAACCAAAAACUUGUUAUAGAAUAUUCUGAAUUACCUGAAAAAUAUAAAAGAAAAGGUCUGACGUUCGAAGAAAUCGAAACUAUUGAUUCUGGUGGUGCAUACCUUAUAAACAGUUAA